GAAGAGAAGAGAGGAAGUUAAGGUGUAACGUUAACAAAAUAACAAUGUUUUUUUGAGAGCUGAGAACGGAGAGAAUCGAUCCUUCUUCGUAUUGUUUAUUCCGAUCUUUCAUUUUCAUCACACCGUUUUCUCUACACGGAGAUUGAACACAACAGAAACAGAAUCGGUUCUACAAACUUAAUCUACCUGAUCUAGUGAAAUGGCUUGGAGGCAUUUGAUAACGCAGGUUGCACGACAUCAAUCAGAAUUUGGGCAGGUCAAAAAUUUGUUGGCUAGAAGCUAUUUAUUGGUUAAUAAGUUUGAAGGCCGUACAAGUAUAAAUCUCUAUUUCCUGCUUUUUUGCUCCCAGGAGAGAUUCCAGUCCAGCUAUGUUGGCAGUCUGGCCCGUCGAGUACGUGAUGCAGAUGAAGCCAGUGAAGUUGCUCAUCUUAAAGAACUCUACCAUCGAAAUGAUCCUGAAGCUGUGAUUAGAGCAUUUGAAAGUCAGCCAUCUCUGCAUACUAAUUCUGCAGCACUUUCUGAAUAUGUUAAAGCAUUAGUGAAAGUUGAUAGGCUGGAUGAAAGUGAAUUACUGAAGACUUUGCGAAGAGGUAUUUCUGAUUCGGUGAGGGAGGAAGAAAGUAUAGGUGGCUUUUCUGCUCUUAGAAAUGUGGGAAAAUCUACAAAAAACGGAAUUCUUGGAACUGCUAGUGCUCCUAUUCAUAUGGUGACUGCAGAAGGUGGGAAUUUUAAAGAGCAGCUAUGGCGAACAAUUAGGUCUGUUGUUGUGGUCUUUCUCUUGAUUUCUGGUGUAGGAGCACUCAUUGAGGAUAAAGGAAUUAGUAAAGGACUUGGUAUGAAUGAAGAAGUUAAGCCCACUAUGGAGUCAAGUACCAAAUUUAAUGAUGUAAAAGGCGUUGAUGAGGCAAAGGCUGAGCUGGAAGAAAUUGUUCACUACCUCCGAGAUCCUAAGCGCUUUACUCGUCUUGGUGGUAAGCUCCCAAAAGGUGUUUUGCUUGUUGGCCCACCUGGCACUGGUAAAACAAUGUUGGCAAGAGCGAUUGCUGGAGAGGCUGGGGUUCCUUUCUUCUCAUGCAGUGGAAGUGAAUUUGAAGAGAUGUUUGUUGGUGUUGGGGCACGAAGGGUGAGGGAUCUUUUUUCUGCUGCAAAAAAGCGUUCGCCUUGUAUAAUCUUCAUUGAUGAGAUUGAUGCUGUUGGAGGAAGCCGAAAUCCAAAGGACCAAAUGUACAUGAAGAUGACUUUAAAUCAGUUGCUUGUUGAGCUAGAUGGAUUCAAGCAGAAUGAAGGCAUAAUUGUGAUUGCUGCUACUAAUUUUCCACAGUCACUGGAUAAGGCUUUGGUGAGACCUGGGCGAUUUGAUCGUCAUGUUGUUGUUCCCAAUCCAGAUGUAGAAGGAAGGCGACAGAUUUUGGAAUCUCACAUGUCAAAAGUUCUGAAGGCUGAUGAUGUUGAUCUAAUGAUCAUUGCUCGAGGAACGCCUGGGUUCUCUGGUGCUGACCUUGCAAACUUGGUUAAUGUUGCUGCUCUCAAGGCUGCGAUGGAUGGUGCUAAAGCUGUGACCAUGAAUGAUUUAGAGUUUGCGAAGGACAAGAUCAUGAUGGGAAGUGAACGCAAGUCAGCUGUUAUAUCUGAGGAGUCAAGAAAGAUGACUGCUUUCCAUGAGGGUGGCCAUGCCUUAGUGGCAAUUCAUUCUGAUGGAGCACUUCCUGUUCACAAGGCAACUAUAGUUCCACGUGGGAUGGCUCUUGGAAUGGUUUCUCAGUUGCCUGACAAGGAUCAGACAAGUGAGUCCCGUAAACAGAUGCUUGCCCGGCUUGAUGUUGCCAUGGGAGGUCGGGUUGCUGAAGAGCUAAUUUUUGGAGAAAGUGAAGUUACUUCUGGUGCAUCCUCAGAUCUUUCACAGGCAACUACUUUGGCUAGGGCAAUGGUUACUAAAUAUGGUAUGAGUAAUGAAGUUGGAUUUGUCACUCACGAUUAUAAUGAUGAUGGGAGAAGCAUGAGCUCAGAAACUAGACUGCUUAUUGAGAAAGAGGUGAAGAACUUGCUGGAGAGGGCUUACAACAAUGCAAAAACUAUUCUAACCACCCAUGAUAAGGAGCUUCAUGCGCUUGCAGAUGCUCUUCUGGAGCAUGAGACACUUACAGGAAGUCAGAUAAAGGCUAUAAUUGCAAAAGUUAACUCUCAGCAGCAACAACAGCAGCCAAAUGUAGUUGAAGCUCAGGGCAGUUCACGGUCCAAUCCAGCUGCUGCUGCUGCCGCGGCUGCCGCAGCAGCUGCAGCUACUGCUGCGGCCAAGGCUCAAGGUGUUGCUCCAGUGGGAUCUUAGUGGGAGAUGACAAUGGUGACUGAUGACACAUGCUGCAAAAUAAUUAAUUACCGGAUUGAAAUGUGCACAUAGUAAUUCAUUCGGUGUUUUUCAUGUUCAUGUGGUUCCACUUCAGUCAUUGGAACUCAACUCGCGUAAUUCGGUUCAAGGUUGACUCCAUAUUGUAGUGAGUUAAAGCUCGUUUAGGUUACUCCCUUUGAUUUGUUUUACUAAUUCCCUUAUUAUUUUUACGUUGGUUUUCAUACAUCAAGACUAUAAUUAGCUCCUUCAAUU